AUGUUUUCCGCACCUUUUCUCUUUAGACUCAUAACUACUCCUUGGGUGGUGCUCCGCAUCGUCGUCAAGUUCUACACCACAGGCACGGCGCUCCAGGCCGAUCCAGAGGAAUUCAGCACGUCUCUUGUCAAAAACAUCCAGGUUGCCGUGGUUUCCCAUGUGGCGAGAGGUUUCAACCAAAAAGACCUCUGGUUCAUAAAGCACCCCAUGAACCCGUUCUACAGGUUUUACGAGCGCCAGGCCGGGCUGGGGAUGCCCCAUUUCGGUGAGCCCGUCAAGGACGACUCGAGAUUGACAUGGGUGGUCCGCCCUGAAGGAGCCAAAAAGGCCCUUCUUUUCUUCCACGGCGGCGGCUACCUCGUGCCCAUGACCAAGUCCCAGCUUGUGGGCAUCAUGGCCGUGUGGUACGCGCUCGAUCGCGAGAAACGCCAGAACUUGGCCAUUGCCAACUUGGACUACCUGAUCACGCACCACAACAAACUCUACCCUACCCAGAUCUGGGAGGCCCACAAGGCGUACCGUGAAUUGGUCAAUCAGGGCUACGAGGUGCUGCUUAUCGGAGACUCGGCUGGCGCCAACUUGUGUUUGGCUUUGGCGCGUUUCUGGUCGUACCCCGAGGCUGCCAAAGCUCAAUUCUCGAGAUUUACCCAAUUUGAAUGGAACUUCCUGCCACUCCCUGCUCCCCGUCACCUCUUGCUUAUUGGACCGUGGCUCGAGCCCUACCACGACCCCAAGCCGUACCCAGGCGUGGACUACGAGGGUGAUCUCGGCGGUGAUAAUGGAAGCAAGGGCCUUUUGUAUAUUAACGGCGAGAAGCCAGAAACCAAUUAUAAAGAGCACUGGGCGAAGGUGCCUGCUUUCAACGGUGAGGGCAGCACCCUUUUGCUCUAUGGGGAGCGUGAGAUCUUCCGUUUGGCCCAGGAGGAGUUUAGCGAAAAGAAUGGAAAGCACAAUUUCUCGGUGUUCAUGCAGAAGGGCGCCAUUCACGACUCAAUGUUUUAUGUUGAGCCGUUGGACUUGAUGCUGCACAGGGGUCAGUUGGAGAUGGUGGCCGGGAGGCACAGAAGGAAGUUUUCUUUCAAGCACACGGCCGAUUUUCUCGAGACGUAUAUUUGA